AAAAUGGCUGCGCCCAGUCGGCGAAAAAGCUGGUCCAAAAUUUGAAUAUUUUCCCCAUCCUGAGGACUCUUCACCAGAACACUACCAGUACAACUUUCCAAGAUGAAGUGCCUUUGUUUGAGUGGCAUCAGCUUGAAUAAUGCCAUAAAAAGAGGAUUGUCUACGUCUUGUAUUUGGCGAAAAAACAAUGAUUCGGAGCCACCUGAGAACCGUGAAAAGUUCUUUAUAACCACACCAAUAUUCUAUGUAAAUGCUGCUCCUCAUAUUGGUCACAUGUACACAGCCGUACUGACAGAUGCAAUUAGUCGAUGGAAACAAAUGAAACGGAUGAAUGUAAAGUUUGCAACUGGAACUGAUGAGCAUGGAAUGAAGAUUCAGAAAGCUGCUGCUGCCAUGAGGAGAAAUCCUUUAGAUUAUUGCACUGACAUCUCAAAUAAUUUCAAGGAGAUGUUCUCCACAAGCAAUAUCAGCUACACCGAUUUCAUAAGAACAACAGAAGAAAGACACAAGGCUGCUGUUCAUCACUUCUGGAAGAUACUUUUCAAUAACGGCCAUAUCUAUAAGGGACAUUACGAAGGAUGGUACUCGGUUUCUGACGAAGCAUUUUUGUCAAAUGAUGCAGUGGAAGAAACAAGAGACAGACAUGGAAAAUAUGUACAUAUAUCUAAAGAAAGCGGUCAUGUGGUCGAAUGGAUGAAGGAGGAAAAUUAUAUGUUUCGGUUGUCCUGUUUUACAGACCAGCUGAGGAGUUGGGUUGACAAAAACGUCAUCCGCCCUAAAGUUUUUGAGCCAGCCGUGAGGUCUUGGAUAACAAGCCUGCAGGAUCUGUCCAUAUCCAGAGAAGUCUCCCGCCUUCAGUGGGGGAUACCAGUGCCAGGAGAUAACUCACAGACAAUCUAUGUGUGGCUGGAUGCCCUGUUGAAUUACCUCUCAGUGACUGGAUAUCCAAACAGUGGUUGGGAGACCUGGUGGCCCGCUGACUGCCACGUGGUUGGAAAAGACAUUCUCAAAUUUCAUGCCAUAUACUGGCCAGCAUUCCUGAUGGCAGCAGGACUCGAACCACCCAAGAUGAUCCUGUGUCAUUCCCAUUGGAUGGUCAACAAUAAAAAGAUGUCGAAAAGUAUCGGAAAUGUUGUCGACCCAUUUGACCGGAUGAAGAAAUACUCGGCAGAUGGUUUCCGCUAUUUCUUGUUGAAGGAGGGAGUGCCUCAUUCUGACGGAAAUUAUAAUGACAACAAGGUCGUGGAGAUGCUGAAUGCUGAACUGUGCAAUACCCUGGGUAACCUUUUGAGUCGAUGUACCGGCAAGGCAUUGAAUCCACAACAGGUCUUCCCCUCUUUCGACCCUGAAGCAUUUGAGGACUGUGCAACAGAAGAAGGCAGAAAUUUGCUUAAAAAUUUAAAGGAUCUACCGUCGGUCGUCCACGACCACUACGACGACUACCACAUCUACAAAGGCUUAGAAGCCAUCGUUUCCCAGCUUCACAGCACGAACGCUUUCUUUCAACACCAUAAACCGUGGGAGUUAAAAACGGACAAGUCGAAACAAAAAUGGCUGGAUACAAUCUUACACGUUACGAUGGAAAAUCUUCGAGUGUGUGGAGUUCUUUUAAAACCUGUGAUACCAGACUCUAGUGAGAAAAUUCUGUCCAAAUUAGGUGCUCGGGAUUAUGAAAGGACUUUGGAAUCGAUCAUGUAUGUGGAUGAUUUACAGUCAUCGAGGAUUUGUGACGAGAGACCUCUCGGUGUGGACUCUGGACUAUUAUUUCCUCGGUUGAAAAAGUGACUUGCUUCCUAGGAUUCUUAUAAAGUAAUAAACGAUUUUUGUGAA